AUGCGCUUACAUGCUGGACACUUUUAUUCGACCUGCUUUGCAUUACUACAGAUUCCCCAUUUUAUCAGCGCAGACCCUCAGUGUGCAAUAGACCCGAAAUCAACUGUCACAGAUGCCUGCACAUCCUACUCGAAUCUGGACUCUUUGAACAGGGCGAUACGGCCAAUACUCGAUGAUUUAACGCAAGCCGACUUCUUCGCCUAUUAUCGUUUGAACCUGUAUAACAAAGUGUGUCCUUUCUGGAACGAUGAAAAUUCCAUAUGUGGCAAUCGAGCAUGCGCUGUGGACACAAUAGAAGACGAAGGCGACAUACCUCCAAUAUGGCGAGCAGAAGAGUUGAGUAAACUCGAGGGUGCACGAGCCCAGCACCCAGGUCCAAAGCAAAGGAGAGAACGUCCGGAACAAAGACCCCUACAAUAUCAAUUAGGACAGAACGUUGAUGAAAGUUGUGUUUUUGAAGCCGAUGAUGAAUGCGACGAGCGAGAUUAUUGCGUGCCAGAAGAUGAAGGUGCUGCUACGAAGGGAGACUAUGUAUGGGAUGCAAUCUACAAGGAGAACUGCUUCAGCAAGUCCGUCACUGCGUCAAUACCUGCACAAACCGGACGACAUGCGUCUAAGGAAUUAAAAAAUAUCUUUCAAGAAUAUGGCAGACAACAUGUCGAGUCCAAAGACGAUUACUCACUCAACGAUCAGUGCAUCGAACAGCGAGCAUUUUACAGGAUAAUCAGCGGCAUGCAUGCGUCCAUCUCAACCCAUCUCUGCUGGGAUUACUUCAAUCAGAGUUCUGGCGAGUGGUUCAAGAACCUGGAAUGCUACAAGGAGAGACUGCAUAACUAUCCUGAUCGCAUAUCCAAUCUUUACUUCAACUAUGCUCUUGUAACACGAGCAAUCGCUAAACUCGACAAGUCCUUACAGUCAUACACUUUCUGCUCUGGAGAUCCUGCCCAGGACUUUGAAACGAAGCAGAAGGUGGCUCGGCUGACUUCUGAGCUUGCAUCAAUUCCCAGUACCUUCGAUGAAUCAAUCAUGUUCCAGGAUCCAUCCAUGAUUGACCUGAAAGAUGAUUUCAAGCAACGAUUCCGCAACGUCUCGCGGAUUAUGGACUGCGUUGGCUGCGACAAAUGCCGCCUCUGGGGCAAACUCCAAACAGCAGGCUACGGAGCAGCACUUAAAGUUCUCUUCGAAUUUGAUGAACAAAAUGCCGCAGACAAUCCAUCCUUGCGUCGGACAGAGCUUGUGGCUCUCAUCAACACUUUCGGUAGACUGAGCCACAGCAUGAAAGCAGUCGGAGAUUUUAGGUCGAUGGUAGCUGUAUCUGAAGGCUCGAAAUCAGUCACUACAGCACCCGCCGCGCUGUCCUCGGCGAAGUCUUCUCACCGUUCGCCACAAGAACUCAUGCGUUCUGAUUCCAAAGAUGGAGCUGAGGCUCGGGAGCCAGCAAAGCCGCAGAGGAGCACAUCGGAAGCACAACCAGUCAAGAGGCGGCGUCCACAAAGAACGUUCUGGGAAGAAGUCAAAGUUGAGUGUACGCUGGUCUGGAAGACGCAUGUCAUGGUUCUAAAGAGUUGGUGGCAUAUGCCUUUCAAGCUAAGCAGAAUAGCAAUUAUGGAAUUAAACAGGUUAUGGAGUUAUUGGUUGGGUCUACCUGUACCACCAAGGAGCUGGGCAAUUGAGUUUCCGACACCUCCUCGUAGGGAUGAGUUAUAG